AUGCUGCUCGUCGGCUUCUUCGGAUGCUGCGGCGCGCUGCGCGCCAGCCGGUGCGUCCUCGCCGCGUACUUCGCGCUGCUGUUCGCGCUGCUGCUGUCGGAGCUGUCGCUGUCUGUGGCGGCGCUGCUGGCGCGGCGGCACGUGUCGGCCGACCUGCAGCAGCGUCUGCAGCGCCAGCUCGCGCAGCGCUACGGCCUCGAGUCGCAGGCCAACGGCGGCUUCACGCAGGCCGUCGACGUCAUGCAGUACAAGUUCCACUGCUGCGGUAUCCGGGCCGACAGCGACUACCUGCACACGCGGUGGAAGAACGAGAGCGCCUCCGCCAACAGCUACAGGAGGAAUGUCCCCCUCACCUGCUGCGCGCUCGCCAUCGCUGAUACGACUAAUUCCGGAAGUCCUAUCAGCGUAGUCUCCAGGGCGUUCAGCGGAACGGUGGAGGAACCGUGGCAGACGCCGAACCCGGUGGACGAGCGAGCGUGCCAGGACAAUAACGACGCGUCGGGGGCCAGGCACAGCAGGGGCUGCUAUCUGCAGUUAGAAGCUUGGUUCAAAACAGAGACGACAAUUCUCAUAGCUGUGGGAAUCAGCACUGCAGCAUUCCAGGUUAUUGGAAUGGUUAUCUCUCUUUUCCUCUGCCAGAAACUGGGAGAUGAUGUUUGAAUGUAAAUAGGAUCUUGUCUCACAGUCUUCAUUCUUGAGGAAAAUUUGUUGAUAAAUGUCUACUAUCAGCUGUGAUGAUGUUACUAUAUUUUUUCAGUAGAUUUUAUAAAUAAUGUGUUUUACUUGCUCAGAAAAACUGAAAUGCUAACAACUGAGUAGCUGAUAAGCAUAAUCAAUGGGACAGUGUCUUUAUUCUUACCAUGCAAUCUCAGUCUAUUAAAGUUGAAAUUGUUCAGAAUUUUUGGCUGUUCAAGAUAUUGUUAUUGUAGAAUUGUAAAUUGUUUAAAUAUGUGAAUGUAGGUUCUUAAUGUAACUGACAAAUACAAUAAAGAGAAGAGUAUUUUGCACAGAAAAACUAUUAAAUAUUUUCAGUGUUUUGUAUGUUGGUGAGGUUCGUUAACAUACAAAUGGCUUCAGUCUGGUAUUUUAGUGCCUCUGUAAUUGUCACUUACUCAUGCUGUCUGACAUGAUUGCCAAUGCAGCUGUUAUUAAAUACAUUCAUAUUUUCAGAUAUGAAAAUGAACUAUGUUUCUAAAACAAGUUUUUUACAUCAUGCAAGUAUUAUUUUGGUGUUUGACUUUUUGUAAAACAAUUGUAUAGUGUGGUUUUAAUACACACAUACACACAAAAUUGGAAUUCUAAAUAUUUGUCCAUACCUAAGCAUUGCAGGUAGGACAUAAUAAUGAAAUAAAACUUAAACAGAACCUCUGACAAUAAAAUCUGAGGUACAUCACAGUAACUAAUAUUCUCAACAUCUGAUAUGAAUGCCUCACUGUGUCUAUGAGAGGCUUAAUGAUUCCUAACAUAGACCACAAUCAACAACUGUUGGACACCUUAUACUGAUCAGUCACCUUUUCCCUCUGUCAGUGGCAGGCAGUGAGAUGUGUGACAUAUACUGACUGGAAACUUGAGAAACCACAGAAGAAUCUAUUGUUGCAUAAAAUGUGAAUAAACAAAGCUUGCAGUUUGUCGAGUACAUUCACGGCUCCUAACAGACAAUAACAUGACUGCAUGAAUUCAUGGCUUCAGUAAAUAGCCUAAAAUGCCUGUGCUCUGACACUUUCUAUCAGACUUGGUUCCCCACACUAUAUCUGUGAUCGAUGGCUGUAUCACUCAGUACAGUGCACUAAGAGACCUAAAGGUCUGUGAAAAUCAGAACUAUAUUGUCACACUCCAGCAUCUGCAUAUUAAUCUUCAGUGAUAUGUUACUAUUUGCAGAGAUUAUUUUCAGUAAAAUUUCAUAUACCUGCUAUUACUCUCCUGUCAUAAAUUCAUUCAGAGAAUUUUAUUGUCAGAGGCCCCAAAAGUGCCAUAUAUUAAAUUUGUGGUGUACAGUGAACCCUAAAAAAUUCUGAAAUACUUCAUAUUAAGCCUACAGUGAAGUACUUGCUUUACUGAAAUACUAUGGGAGUACAUUUCCUGGUAGUUUGUGAAGCAUCUUAAUUUUCAUUUAAAAAUUAUGAAUACAGACAAUUACAUAUCUUGAAGUAAAAAUAGUUUCUUACUUACAUGUUUCGUUCUAAAAAUUAGAAAUGUUCCUCUUCAAAAUCUUCUGUAAUACCAUUAUAGUUGAACAAUACAAGCAGAAGUCAUUUGUAAAGAUAGUGUAUCUUCAGGUUGAAGUACCUUGUACAAAGAGAAACGCUGUAAUUUUUCUAUUUACUGAGACAUGUGUAACUGACUGCAUUACCAGUUUAAAAAAGUAAGGAAAAAUGAGAAAGGCAAUUACCUGUGGUGCUUUUGAAAAUCCCAUCACAUGAAAUUGUUAUGUACAAAAUAAUGAAGAAAGUAAGUUCAGAAGAUUGUUUCUUUUUAAUUCAAUAGUACUUCUGAUUUACCUACUGUCAUUUUCUCAUAUGCUGAUUCUACAACAUAUCACAAUAUGGUUCUAUUAUGUAAUUAUACCUUGAAUGAGAUUUUCACUCUGCAGCGGAGUGUGCGCUGAUAUGAAACUUUUAUACCUUGUUUUAUUUGUGAGUUUUUAAAUAGCCCAACAUAAUUCUAAAACUAAGUCAUAAGAUGGCUAUUCACUUGAAUGUAGAAUAAAAAAAGACAGUCAGAAAUAAUAAUUACUUUAGUUACACAUUUACUAAGUAAUUAUGAAACUAAGUGCAUCACUUUGAGAUGUUAUACUUGUACUCACUGAAACCAUGGACUGUUUAUAUCUCUACAGAGAAACAUAUUUCAGUAUUUGAUUUGAAUACAAUAAUUCUGACAUAAAAUUGUAAAGGUUAAUGUCAUCUCUAAACGGUCUCACCUUCAAAAUAUGUAACAUCAUUCCUGUACACAUGAAGUAGCACUUAUACCAUUGCUCAGAAAAAAUUCUAAGGAUUUGUUUAUGUUUGUUGCUGUGUACAUUUUGUGACUAGUCAACACUUUAUUGGAGAAAACAUAAAACAGAAUAUAUUUUACAAAAAGCAAUGUCUUUAAUCUGUUGUGAUUAAAUAUUGGUUGCCAUAAAAUGAACCACCAUUAGAGACCAUAGGUUCAUAUGAAGUAGUGAAACUCUACAUUCAGCAUGGUAGUAAAGUCUGGAAAUCAGUAGGGAGAGACAUGUAAAGUACCUUCAAAAAUAAAAAAAUGCAUUUAAUGAGUUAGGUAUUAUUAAAAUAGUUUUUGAAAUACAAAGCUCAGACAUAAGGACUACAGUUAUGCAAAAUUGUAGGGAUGCCAAUGAAAAAGUUGAUUAUAGGAACUAAAGAAUUUCAAAGGUUGUAGUCCCCACAUGACUACAGAGUGUAUUAUGUUACCUUAAACAUUGUGCUAAAUAGAAUCCUAUUUUGUAAAACUGAAGGCAGAGUAUAAUUUUUUUUAUUGGAAGGGAACAAAAGUCCACAACUGUCAACACUACAGUAUAAAUAAUGCAAAUAAUACAAUAAGGUAAACUGCACAAAUUUUUAUCAUAUAUGACAGUAAAAGAAGUCUUGUACCUAUUUACUGAUGAUUGUAUACAAAUUCUUGUAUCUCUUUCUCAUUUCUCUGACUUUAGUACUUUAAUAUUGUAUGUUCUGCCUAACCAAUCAGUA